UGAUCAGCUGGUUGUUUUUACAUCCCUCAGCAUCCUUUCACCUUACUCUCUUCCAGCGGUCAUUGCAUGUAUAAAGCUAGCAUUUUAGUAUGAUUUCAUGAUAUAAUCUGUGCAUAUUGUAAUUGCACAACCCACAUUUAUUCAGCUUCAGAGGAUCAGGUUGAAAGUGUGUGGUCCUCUCAUUUGGCUUUUGGGUUCCCAUGGGCAGUGUGCUGGCCUUGUCAACCCGCCCAGGGCGCCAAAACUCCCCUUUUCCACAAGACAGACCCUUGUCACGGUGGGAUAGGAGAGAUGGACGGCUGCCUAACCCAGGGAGCUUUGAUGGUCUGCACCGCAACUGUAAAGAUGUAUUUCCACAGCAGAUUGAAGGUGUAAAACUGCUGAUAAAUAAGACCCUCAGCAGUUUUUUCAAGGUCAGUCACACAUUUCACCUCAGUGCUGUUGCUCCGUCCAGUUAUCGCUUUCAUGCCGAACACCUACAAUCAGACACUGACAGCAAAGAAACGGGCUCACCCAUGCUUAUUGGGGAAAUGGACUCCUCUGGCAGCUUAAACGCACACUCUUUGUUCCAUCUGAGUGAGAAAAUAAGAGCUAAAGCAGUGUUUCAGACUCAACAGGCACAGUUUGUCACGUGGCAGUUUGAGACGGAGUAUAGAGGUAGUGACUUCACAGCAGCGGUUACUAUGGCCAACCCUGACAUUCUGAGGGAAUCAGUUAUCAUGGUUGCACACUUUCUUCAAAGCGUAUCCCCGCAGCUGGUUCUGGGGGGAGAGCUGGUAUACCAUCGAGGUCGAGCAGAGGAAGGGGGCAUUCUUACCCUGGCAGGCCAGUACUCAGGGCCAAAUUGGGUUGCAACACUGAAUGCUGGUAAAGGAGGUGCACAUGCCAGCUACUACCACAGAGCCAACAAACAGAUUCAGGUGGGAGUGGAGUUUGAAGUGAGCACUAGGACCCAGGAAACAACCUUUUCCUUUGGUUACCAGAUGGAACUUCCUGAAGCUAAAAUGGUCUUCAGAGGAAUGGUGGACAGCCGCUGUAUUAUUGGUGGGGUUCUGGAAAAGCGGCUUUACCCCCUUCCUGCCACAUUGAUCAUGGGUGCCUUUGUCAACCACAGAGCAGACAAGUUACAGGUCGGUCUUGGGGUUAACGUUGGUUAGAUGCGUAACCUAACUGAAAAGAGGCACCACUCAAGACUGGGGACUUCAGAAAACCACCUUCACGUCUGCCCAAAGACCCCGGUCCACCACGGACUACGGAGAGAACAGGCAAGCUAACCAAAGCCCUGUUUGCUAGACUGGACAAUCAUGCAGUUCAUGGCAAGCAGGAAUGAGGGCUGAAAAAACCAGGAACGUCCCCUCUAUGUUGGUUCCAUCAUGUGUCAAGGAUUUAGCUGUUUUGGUCUUAUAUUGGUCCCUUAAGUAACCUGAAGUAAAUAUUCAAAGAUGAUCUUACUUAAGAACAAGAUGGCAACUUCUGCAACUGCUGAAGGAGACCACACAAAUGAAUAUGUAGCUAUGUCACAAAAUUUCCUGUUACUUCUCUAUUAAAGAUCAAUUUUUUUUUAGCAAACAAAUAUAGUUCACUCCCAAAUCUAUGUCAAGCUAAACAUAUUGAAGAUUAGCAAAGAGCCACACAAUUUAUCAUGUAUCAUCCCCUCUGUUGUCUUUCAUUCAAACAAAUCACUCUCUUGCUCUCCUUUGUUAAGCUAAACUUGAAGACUCUCCUUGAGGGUCGGAUUCUGGUGUA